CCGACGACGCGUUUGUCGUCAGCCAAGAUGGCGGCGAACUGUGGUCGCGUUGUGAGAUUGUUAUUGGGAAAAAGUGUCAAAUUCGCCUCGCCUUGCAACCCACUUACCCCGCAGUUAUGCCGACAGAUAUCCUGCUCUUCUGCCCUUUGCAGGAAGAACCUGGCGUCCUUAGGACCGGAGAAGUUCACCGCAGAGUUUAUCCAGAAGCAGAUAGAGGAGUUUGAGAUCGGGAAGCGUCACCUGGCCAACAUGAUGGGCGAGGACCCCGAAAACUUCACUCAGGAGGACAUAGAUCGGAGCAUCGCCUACCUCUUCCCCUCCGGCCUGUUUGAGAAGAAAGCUCGGCCCUUCAUGAAGCAUCCUGAUGAGGUCUUUCCAAAACAGAGAGCGGUGCAGUGGGGACCAGACGGCCGGCCUUUCCACUUCCUGUUCUACACCGGCAAACAGUCCUACUACUCCCUCAUGCAUGAGCUGUACGCUAAAGUCCUGAACAUCGAGAAGCAUCAAGAUCGCCUGAGAGCAAAGGGACUCUUCUCUGCCGAACCCAAGCAGAUCUCUCUGGGAACGAGCAGGUGGCUCACCAAGGAGGAGCUCGAAGCGACAUUGGUGGAGACCAUCUCCUCUCAUGACUAUGACCGGUUCAUCCAGCUGAUGGAGCGGAUGCUGUCCAUGCCUUAUAGCAGCCUGGAGGAGGAGUUCAUCCUGCGCUACCGGCAGCAGCUGGAGGCGCAGUCCAUGCAUCAGAUAGUUCCCCCUCUGCAGAAGGAUGAGAAAGGGGUGGACUUCAGCACGGCGGAAGGGAAAAGGAAGACGUCUAGAUCAUCGGUAGUUGUUCGCGACUGCGGCUCCGGGCGCAUCACCAUCAACGGCGAAGACUACCUGCACUAUUUCCCUGUGCUACAAGACAGGGAGCAGCUGAUGUUCCCACUGCAGUUCGCCGGCGUGCUGGGACGCUUCGACCUGGAGGCCACGGUGAGCGGCGGCGGCAGGUCGAGCCAGGCGGGGGCGCUGCGGCUCGCUAUCUCCAAGGCGCUGCUCAGCUUCCUGUCGGAGACAGAAGGAGAGGCAAUGAGACAAGCCGGACUCUUGACUCCAGAUCCAAGAGUGAGAGAGAGGAAGAAGCCCGGCCAGGAGGGAGCGAGACGCAAGUUCACCUGGAAGAAACGCUGAGCUCCUCUGGAGCCACGGAUUUUAAUCCAUUAUUGUUAAAAGGAAAGAACAUUUUUUGUAAAUAGAAAU